GUAAUUAUGCUAAAACAAUGUCGAACUCCAUAGUUUUCUCUGGACCCCUGCCCAAUGUGACCAGUGAUGACAUGUAUAGCCGCAUGUCGUCAUUCCACCGCUGGCUGUCGAGGUGGUGUCCAGCAAACGAUGUGGGCUUCAUUGAUAACUGGAAGCCUUUUUGGGGAAAACCUGGUCUGAUUAGGAGAGACGGCAUCCAUCCCACUUUGGAUGGAGCGGCUCUCUUAUCUAGAAAUAUGGCGAAGUUUAUUUCUAAAACCUGACAGUCCAGAGUUAGGACCAGGAAGCAGAGCUGCUGUCUUACACACUUCUCUGCGCUUUCUUUAGAACAGUCACCCACCCAAAACCCCAUAGAGACUGUGUCUGUCCCCCGACCACCUAAAUUAUUUAAAGAAAUAAAAACGAGGAGUUCAACAUAAAAAUCUAAUAAAAAUUAAAACCAUCUCCUCAGUAGCACAAAAUAAGAGAAUGAAAUGUGGGCUGUUAAAUAUCAGGUCUCUGUCCUCUAAAGCUGUUUUAGUGAAUGAAUUAAUAUCAGAUUAUGAUAUUGAUUUACUUUGUCUUACUGAGACCUGGUUGUCCCAGGAGGAGUAUGUUAGCCUAAAUGAAUCCAACCCCCCAGUCAUAUUAAUACUCACAUUCCUCGAGGCACAGGCCGAGGAGGUGGAGUGGCAGCCAUAUAUGAUUCGAGCGUUUUAAUGGACCCUAAACCUAAACUAAAUUAUAAUUCAUUUGAAAGCCUUGUUCUUAGUCUUUCUCACCCAAACUGGAAAACACUGCAGCCAGUUCUAUUUCUAAAACACUGCAGCCAGUUAUAGUGUACCGUGCUCCUGGACCUUACUCUGAUUUUAUAUCUGAAUUCUCAGAGUUUCUAUCAAGUUUAGUCCUUAAAUCAGAUAAAGUAAUUAUUGUAGGUGAUUUUAAUAUUCAUGUGGAUGUUGACAAUGACAGCCUUAGUAAUGCAUUUAUAUCAUUAAUAGACUCAAUUGGCUUCUGUCAGAGUGUAAAUAAACCAACUCAUUGUUUUAAUCACACUCUUGACCUUGUUUUAUCAUAUGGCAUUGAUAUUGAACAUUUAAUAGUUUUCCCACAUAAUCCUUUCCUAUCUGACCAUUAUUUAAUAACUUUUGAAUUCAUACUAUUAGAUUAUAAGCCAUUAGGCAAAACUUCCUACAGCAGAUGUCUAUCUGACAGUGCUGUAGCUAAAUUUAAGGAGGAGAUUCCUUCAGUGUUUAAUUCAAUGCCAUGUCUGAAUUUAACAGAGUCCUAUAACGACUUUAGUCCCUCUGAAAUUGAUAAUCUUGUCGAUAGUGCUACAGGCUCACUACGAUCAACAUUAGACUCUAUCGCUCCUAUAAAAAGGAAAUUAUUAAAACAUAGGGGACUAGCACCGUGGUAUAACCACCAAACCCGCCAGUUAAAACAAAUAGCUAGGAAAUCUGAAAGGAAAUGGCGCUCUUCCAAAUUAUCAGAAUAUCGCUCAAAUUGGCAAGAUAAUCUUAAAAUUUAUAGAAAGGCCCUCCGUAAUGCCAGAGGAGCCUAUUACUCAGCACUAAUAGAAGAAAAUAAGAAUAACCCUAGAUUCCUCUUCAGCACUGUAGCCAGGCUGACAGAGAGUCACAGCUCUAUUGAGCCACAUAUCCCCAUAAACUUAAGUAGCAAUGACUUCAUGAGCUUCUUCUAUAAUAAAAUUAUUACUAUUAGAGAAAAAAUUAAUCACCAACUGCCAUCAACAGUUAUCAGUGGCUCUCCAAGUUCAGGGACUUCUGUCAAUGUAAACUUAGAUAUAUAUUUAGACUGUUUUUCUGCUAUCGAUCUUCAUCAGUUAACUUCAAUCAUUUCUUCAUCGAAGCCAUCAACCUGUCUAUUAGACCCGAUCCCAACUAGGCUGCUUAAAGAAGUUGUUCCCUUAAUUGGCACUUCUUUAAUGGAUAUGAUUAAUCUUUCUUUAUUAUCAGGAUAUGUACCACAGUCCUUUAAAGUAGCUGUAAUUAAACCCCUUCUUAAAAAGUCCACUCUUGACCCAGGGGUUUUAGCCAACUAUAGACCAAUUUCUAACCUCCCCUUCCUCUCUAAGAUUCUGGAGAAAGUAGUCGCCAAAGAGUUGUGUGACUUUCUACAUAACAAUAGUUUAUUUGAGGAUUUUCAGUCAGGAUUUAGAGUUCAUCAGCACAGAGACAGCUCUGGUUAAAGUUAAUAAUGACCUUCUGACUGCUUCUGACAAUGGACUUGUCUCUGUACUUGUAUUAUUAGAUCUUAGUGCUGCAUUUGACACCAUUGACCAUAAUAUUCUUUUAGAGAGACUUGAGCAUCAAAUUGGCAUUAAAGGAACCGCACUAAGCUGGUUUAAGUCAUAUUUAUCAGAUCGCUCGCAGUUUGUACAUGUUAACGAUGAAUCUUCAAUAAAUA